CUAGAAAGCUAUCAGUUCUUGUUUAGAUCUCUAGCCAUUCUGUUGAAAGAAUUUUGCACCUCGACGAAUGCAAAGUUUAUUAAGCAGAUAACGGUUUUUUAUUUAUUUUAAUAAAGUUUAAGAUAUAAAUGUUGUGGUGUUUCUUAUCAAAACAAUUACGGAUUACUAAAGUGCACUUUCUAUAAGUGAAUUAAAAUGGGCUCCAAGGACACAAAAAAUGACAAAAACAAGAACAAAUCUAUCAGCUACUUUCAACUAUUUCGCUAUGCUACAUCAUUGGAUUAUUUUCUCAUCUUCAUUGCAUUUAUUUCGUGCCUCGUCAAGGCGUUAGUUUAUCCAGCUGGUAUAAUAGUCUACAGUGAAUUGGUUGCAAUGUUUGUCGAUCGUAAUCUUGGUUUUGGAACUUCAUCAAAAACUAUUUCAUUACCUUUGUUUGGUGGUGGAAAAAUAUUAACAAAUGCAACAAAACAAGAAAACAUGGCUGAACUACGAAAUGAUUCGUGGGCUUUUGGAUACAUUUUGACCAUUAUUUCCAUUGUUUUAUUUGUUUCGGGAGUCAUUUUCGUUGAUAUUCUUAAUAUUGUUGCUCUUAGAAUCACUUCAACAAUGAGAAGGAAAUUUUUUGAAGCAACAUUAAGAAAGGACAUCGGUUGGCAUGAUGUUGCAUCAAAUCAAAAUUUUGCUGUCCGAAUCACAGACAAUAUGGAAAAAAUUCGUGACGGAAUAUCGGAAAAAAUUGGUCAUUUUACCAAUUUAGGUCUCGGUUGCAUAAUUGUUGUGGUUAUUUCCUUCGUCUAUGGUUGGAAACUAACUCUAGCUAUUAGUUCGUAUAUUCCUUUGGUUUUAUGCUCAAAUUAUAUUGUAGCCAAGUACCAAAGCAAACUUACGAUACGUGAACAAGAUUCUUACGUAGUGGCUGGUAGUUUGGUUGAAGAAAUAAUCGGUGCAGUUCGAACUGUUGUUGCAUUUGGUGGAGAGAAACUCGAGUCUGAACGUUUUGAUAAACUCCUUCUUCCAGCUCACAAAGCCAGUAAAUUAAAAGGAGUCUUCACUGGGACAGGAGAUGCAAUCACCAGAUCAAUGUUGUUUUUCGCAGUUGCAUCUGCGUUUUACUAUGGAGUAAUUCUAGUGUUGGAAGAUCGUGGAAAAACCGAUCCCGAGUAUACACCAGCUGUUUUAAUGAUUGCUUUCUUUGGAAUUCUUGUUGGAGCCGAUCACAUUGCUAGAUGUUCACCGUUUUUGGAUAAUUUUUCAUCAGCAAGAGGCUCUGCAUUACCGAUAUAUGAAGUUAUUGACUCAUCGACAAAUAUCGAUCCAAUGUCUGCAGAUGGAAAGAUUCUCAAUUAUGGACUUAAGGGAGAUAUUGAAUUUCAAGAUGUCUUCUUUAGAUAUCCUUCCCGUGAAGAUGUAAUUGUUUUAAGGGGACUAAACUUGAAAGUUGAAGCUGGACAAACUGUGGCUUUUGUUGGUCACUCUGGUUGUGGAAAGUCAACUUGUAUUCAACUUUUACAAAGAUUCUAUGAUCCAGUAUUUGGGAAUGUGAUUCUAGAUCAAUUGGACAUUAGGAAAUAUAAUGUAGCAUGGUUGCGAUCAAAUAUUGCUGUUGUGGGUCAGGAACCUGUUUUAUUUCAAGGCACAAUCGGAGAAAAUAUUAGACAUGGCAAACCAGAUGCUUCGCAAAAGGAAAUCGAAUCAGCUGCCAGAGCUGCUGGAGCACAUGAUUUCAUCAUUGAUUUACCAUUUAGUUACGAGACUUCAAUCAGUGAGAAGGGCAUUCAAUUGUCUGGUGGACAGAAGCAAAGAAUUGCAAUUGCCCGAGCUUUGAUUCAAAAUCCAAAAAUUCUACUUCUCGACGAAGCUACCUCAGCUCUCGAUUAUAAUUCUGAAAAGAUAGUCCAGAAAGCUCUCAACGCAGCCAGUAAAGGCAGGACAACAAUUGUUGUUUCUCAUCGUCUUUCAGCCAUCAAAGACGCUGAUAGAAUUGUCUUCAUUCAUGAGGGCAAGGCAGUCGAAGAAGGCUCUCAUGAAGAUUUAAUGGAAUUGCGUGGUAAAUAUUAUGACAUGGUAACAGCUCAUGAAUACAACGAUGGAGAUGCAAAUGAAGAAGAUAUUCUCGAAAAAGAUAAGAAUUUUGACAUAACCUUUGAUCAGACAAGUAUCAAUUUUGAAAAGAACCAACUAAACAAACAUCGAUUUUCAAAUGCAUCAACUAUUGCCAGAAGUAUUUUCAGUGAUGAUGAUUUGCAAGAGGAAACUCAAUUUUGGAGGACAUUUACAAGACUUUUGAAAAUUGCUCGGAGUGAAUGGUGUUAUUUGAUAUUUGGAACUUUUUGUGCCAUACUUUAUGGUUGUAUUCAACCAGCUUAUGCUUAUAUAUUUGGAGAAUUCUAUGCAGCUUUGGCAGAAACUGAUCCUGAAAAGGUUAUAUCAAGGACAGCUCUUUUGUCAAUAAUUUGUGCAUGUGUUGGAGUUGUUGUAGCGGCAAUUUGUUUUAUUCAAACAUAUAUUUUCAAUUUGGCUGGUAUUGGACUUACAACUAAAUUAAGAUCAUUAACUUUCAAAUCUAUUCUUGCACAAGAAAUCGGAUGGUUUGAUGAUGAGGAUAAUAGUGUUGGUAUACUCUCAGCCAGGUUAUCGGGAGAUGCUGCCAGUGUUCAAGGUGCAAUUGGACAACCGAUGAGUGGAAUGAUUCAAGCAGUAUCGAAUUUCGUUUGCUGUAUUGCAUUGGCUUUUUAUUUUUCCUGGGAGAUGGCGUUGGCGUGUCUAUGUACAUCGCCAUUUAUGGUGGGGUCAAUCGUUUUUGAAGCAAGAUACACAGCAAGUUCAGCAAUUCACGAAAAACGGACUCUCGAAGAAACAAGUCGAAUUGCAACAGAAGCUAUUGCCAACAUCAGAACUGUAGCUGGACUUCGUCGAGAGCCUCAGCUAAUAGUAGAAUACAACAAAGAUGUCGAAAAAUACAAAGCGCUUCUAAAGAAGAGGCUUCGUUUUAGAGGAAUUGUCAAUUCCAGUGGUAUGGCAAUACUGUAUUUUGGAUAUGCUGUGGCAUUGACAUAUGGUGGAAUUCUUUGUUCAGAAGGAAAGAUCAAAUACUACAACAUUAUUAAAGUUUCUGAAUCUCUACUUUAUGGUCUUUUAAUAUUGGCAACAUCUCUAGCAUUUGCUCCAUCAUUUACAACAGCUCUCAUAUCUGGUCAUCGAUUACUUCGAAUUGUUGAUAGAAAACCACGAAUAAAAUCAUCACGUCAUUCAGAGAAUAACUUAAAAAUCGAUACGUCAGUGAAUGGAGUGACGUAUAAUGACGUUUCGUUCCGUUAUCCAACGCGGCCUGAUGUCCAAGUCUUGAAUGGUUUAAAUUUGGGAAUCUUACAGGGAAAAACAGUUGCAUUGGUUGGAGCAUCUGGUUGUGGAAAAUCAACUUGCAUUCAACUUUUACUACGAUAUUACGAUGCUGAUAAAGGACAAAUCUGCAUAGAUGGUAGGGAUAUUGAACAGGACAUGGCAUUGCCAACACUUCGUCGUCGAUUGGGUAUUGUUUCUCAAGAACCAGUAUUGUUUGAAAAGACAAUUGCUGAGAAUAUAGCCUAUGGUGAUAAUUACAGAGAAGUUUCAAUGAAUGAAAUUAUUGAAGCUGCAAAACUUGCCAAUGCACAUUCGUUUAUUGUUGCAUUGCCAAAUGGAUUUGAAACGAAACUUGGAGCGAAAGGUACACAGCUGUCGGGUGGGCAGAAACAAAGAAUUGCCAUUGCUAGAGCUUUGGUUAGGAAUCCACAAAUUUUAUUGUUGGAUGAGGCUACGUCUGCAUUAGAUUUGCAAAGUGAAAGGAUUGUACAAUCAGCUCUAGAUACAGCUUGCAAAGGAAGAACUUGCAUUGUUGUUGCUCAUCGACUUACGACCAUUCAUAAUGCAGAUUUGAUUUGUGUUUUACAAAAUGGAAAAAUAGUCGAACAAGGCAAUCAUCAACAGUUACUAGCCAAAGAUGGUAUUUACGCAAAAUUAUAUAAAAGUCAGCCUGCUAUUAGUUAAGAUGCCCAGAUUAAACCGUCAAAUUGUGUACUAUUUUGUAAGAUUCUUAAAAUUGUUUAAAAUAAAGUUUAAGCACUUAUGGAAAAGAUUUUUAAAAUUUAAUAAAUACCACGAUUCUGGAAAACCCAAGAAAACCUCA